AUGUCAGACAACAACCAACCUUUGCCACCGGUUUCCAACUCCAUUCUGGAGCACAUUGGAAAGACUCCACUUGUUAAACUUAACAGAAUACCCAAAAUUCUUAAUUUGAAACCACAGGUUUAUGCUAAAGUUGAACUGUUCAACUCAGGUGGUUCCAUCAAGGACCGUAUUGCUCUGAGAAUGGUUGAGCAAGCUGAGAAAGAGGGUAGAAUCAAGCCAGGGUACACGCUAAUUGAGCCAACGUCAGGUAACACUGGUAUUGGUCUGGCAUUAGUAGGUGCAGUCAAGGGCUACAGAACUAUUAUCACUCUUCCAGAGAAAAUGUCUAAUGAAAAAGUUGCUGUGCUGAAAGCUCUCGGGGCUGAAAUUAUAAGAACUCCAACCGAGGCUGCUUGGGAUUCCCCAGAGUCUCACAUUGGUGUUGCAAGAAGGUUGGAGAAAGAAAUUCCAAAUGCUGUAAUCUUAGACCAGUAUGGUAAUGUUAACAAUCCAGAUGCCCAUUUCUACACCACUGGUGCGGAAAUCUGGGAUCAGACUAAUGGUAAAGUUACCCACGUUGUUGCUGGUGCAGGAACUGGAGGUACGAUUACAGGUAUUGCCAAAUUUUUGAAGUCUAAAAACCCUAAUAUUCAAAUUAUCGGUGCUGAUCCUCAUGGUUCCAUUCUAGCUCUUCCUGAAUCAUUGAACACUAGUAAUGAGCAAUACAAAGUUGAAGGUAUUGGGUAUGACUUUAUCCCAGAAGUUUUGGAUAGAGAAAUUGUGGACACUUGGUACAAAACAGAUGAUAAGGAUUCCUUCAAGCUGGCCAGGCAAUUGAUUUCUGAAGAAGGAAUUCUAGUUGGAGGAUCUUCCGGCUCUGCGCUUUCUGCUGCUGUUAAAAUAAUCAAUGAUGCCAAGCUUGAUGAAAGUGCUGUAGUUGUUGUCGUUUGUCCAGACAGUAUCAGAUCUUAUCUAACCAAGUUCGCUGAUGAUGACUGGAUGAAACUCAAUGGAUUCACUGAAGACGAGCCUGCACCUCUCAAAAGGAAGUCCAGCUUUUCAAAGGACACUCUGUCGUCCUAUACGAUCAAAGAUUUGGCGCUCAAACCUGUGGUCUCUGUCACCAUUGACGAUUCAAUUGAAUCCACAAUUAAUAUCCUUCAAACCAAGGGUUUUGAUCAGUUACCAGUGUUGAAGAACGAUAAGCUUGCUGGUAUUGUCACUCUGUCUCAAUUGUUACGAUUACUUUCUAAUAAGAAGAUUCAUCUUACUUCCAAGGUAGAAUCUGCCUACUUUGAUUUUUCCAAGCUUGAAAACUUUGAAAAAUCUUACAACAUUAACAAGGAGUCAACAAACAAGAGAAGAGAAUACCAGAAGAUCACUACUAGCACCACGCUGGCCAAAUUGAACAAGUUUUUUGAGACCAGUUCAGCUGCUAUAGUAGAAAAUGAUAAGGGUCAACCGAUCCACAUCGUUUCCAAGGUUGAUCUGCUUUCUUUCUUAGCCUCCAAAGGAGAGUUUAAUUAA